AUGCAAAUAAUAUAUUUGAUCAUAUCCGACAAGCCCAAAACAUCCCCAAUCCACAUUGGGCUUCCGCUACCAAGCAAGUUCUUGGUGAAGCCUCGGUUUGUAGUUGGAUUGAAGCAAUGGGAAACUACGCAGGAAGAUUUGAUUAUACAAGACUUAAGAGAGGCCAACUUAUUGGAGAAAGAACUACAACAGGAAAAAAUUGAUGCUUUUAUACAACUAUUGAAAAUCUUUCUAUUUAAAUUUGCAAGUAAAGGUUGUCUUGAAGAAAACUUUUGUUGGCAAUUUAGCAGCCAGUAUGAACAGGAGUUUUAUGAUGUGUUUGUGAGCAUUGAGGCAGAAAAAAUGGUGGCAGGACAUCAAAUUGCUGCAAAUUCCAACUCAAAGAAAGAUUUGUUUGUAUUGGAAGAAGCAAUUGAAGAUGUACAAAGAGAGGGUGCAAGAAAACUGGACAUGAAAUUUCAAGAAUAUCAACUAAAAAUUCAAGAGGAUCUGGACAAAAACUCUGAGUUGUCAGAGGAAGAGGAGCUCAAAGACCUAAUGAAAACACCGUUACACAGCUUCAACAAACACUUAAAGGCAAACAGGAACUCAAGGACCUUAUGAAAACACCAAUUAUAGAAAUGCACGCCA